AUGACCGACCGCGAUCCCGCCGUGGAGACCCCUCCGACCGAUGACGAGAACAGUAAUGGCUCCGGAGGCUUAUCCCCCAUAUCCCAAGGUAUCGCAACUAUCGAUCACGCAAAGCCACCCCUCCCACUCCACGCUUCCAACACGAGCAUGCCCGCCUCGUCCCUAGCUCAAAUCAGCGCCGCGCGGCGGGGUGCCGGUGGCUCGCCAUCCCCGCACCCCUCGAUGAGUGCGCCAGGGAGCGGCGGGUUGAAUCAGGAUAUUAUGGCCAAGAUGAAGGCAUUUUCUCUUUCUCGACAAGGCGUCCCAUUGCCACACGUUGCGUCCACCGGCCACAUUCCCACUUCCAACGAUGUCGGCGCGGGCGGUGCUUUGGCUGGGCGGAUUCCACCCGGUGCACGACCUCACACUAAUCACUGGACAUCUUCCCCCGUUGUUCCGUCAAUUACGAGCCCUUCGUCCUCCCCCAAGCUGAGCGGGCUCGCUGCGAAAAGAAUGAAACCCGGACUCAAGCUGUCCGACGUGACCGGUGGCCCGCCAGCACCGAAUGGGACUGACACCAAAUCGGAAAAGGAGAAUGGUGCUGAGUCGGCUUUCAGCAAAUACUCCGAGUUUAUCGAUACGAAAUCCGGAACCUUGAAUUUCAAGAACAAAGCGAUCCUACACGGCGGAGGUGUGGAGUUCUCUACUGGCCAUAGCUUCAAGAUCUCCUUGGACGAAGUGGAUCGGUUAGAUGAGUUGGGUAAGGGAAACUACGGUACCGUUUACAAAGUUCGACACAGCCGCCCUCACCUGCGGAAACCGGGCUUGGGGUUGAGUGGGAUUGUGAGCCGGUCGGCCGUUGAGGCAGCCGACCAGGCGGGCAAAGAUAAUCUGUCGGGCGUGAUUAUGGCGAUGAAAGAAAUCCGGCUCGAGCUGGACGAAGCCAAGUUCGCUCAGAUCAUUAUGGAAUUGGACAUUCUGCACCGAUGCGUCUCCCCCUUCAUUAUCGAUUUUUACGGCGCAUUCUUCCAAGAAGGAGCUGUAUACAUGUGUGUUGAGUACAUGGACGGUGGUUCGAUUGACAAGAUCUACGAGGGAGGACUGCCUGAGAAUAUUUUGCGAAAGAUGACAUUAUCCACCAUCAUGGGAUUGAAAUCGCUUAAGGAUGAGCACAACAUUAUUCACCGAGAUGUGAAGCCGACCAAUAUUCUGGUCAACAGCAAAGGUCAGAUCAAGAUCUGCGACUUCGGUGUGAGUGGGAACUUGGUGGCCAGUAUCGCAAAGACCAACAUUGGGUGUCAAAGUUACAUGGCACCAGAGCGCAUUGCAGGUGGUGGUAUGCAACAGUCUGGAGCGACAAGCGGUGGAACAUACAGUGUGCAGAGUGAUGUCUGGAGUUUGGGAUUGUCGAUUAUCGAGUGCGCCAUGGGACGAUACCCGUAUCCGCCGGAGACAUUCACCAACAUUUUCAGCCAGUUACACGCAAUCGUCCAUGGUGACCCCCCAACUCUUCCUGCGGAUGGUUAUUCGGAAGAUGCUCACGCAUUUGUUCGAGCCUGUCUCGAUAAGAGCCCGAAGAAUCGACCUACCUACAACAUGCUGCUUCGCCACCCUUGGCUUCAGCCUCUCAUGCAACCACCAACCGAGGCUGAGACCGAGGCUGUUGCCCAAGCCGAAGCAUCGACUGCCGGCGAGGGCCUGCCGUCCUCUGUCACUGAAGACAAGGAAGUCGCUGAGUGGGUGCUUAAACAACUCGACAUGAAAGAGAAAGGUCUUCUUCCCACUAGCGAGAAGCCUGCUCUUCACACUGUGGCCUUGGACAAAGUAGCCACCAGCCCUAUCCUUGAUGACGCUAUCACUCCCUCAAUUGCGGAGUGA